GCGGGAGCGAGCAUCGGCAGGGAGCGCGUAGCCCGUCAGAGCCGCCGAGCCGCCGAGCCGCCGACAUGCACGCGAUGAACGACCCGAGCGCUGCGCUCGCCGGCAUGCUGCCCUUCGACUCGAUCGGACUCUACGAGCAGCCCAAGCCGCGCUUCAUCUUCAAGAUGCCGCGCGUCGUUCCGGACCAGAAGGCGAAGUUCGAGGCGGAUGAGCUGUUCAGGAGACUCAGUCGAGAGAGCGAGGUGCGGUAUACUGGCUACCGGGACCGACCACUGGAAGAGAGGCAGGCCCGCUUCCACAACGGCUGUCGUGAGGGGCACACGGAAAUCGCGUUCGUGGCGACGGGCACCAACAUCCAGCUGGUGUUCAAUCCCAGCACCAACGGCUACAGCACGGCGGACCCGGGCCGCGAGUGCGACUUCGAUAAGGAGCACGGCAAGGUGCACCUGCGGUCGCACUUCAUCAUGAACGGCGUGUGCGUGAGGUGGCGAGGAUGGAUCGACCUGGAACGCCUGGACGGUGUCGGCUGCCUCGAGUACGAUGAGGAGAGAGCACAGCUGGAGGAUUCGAUGCUGCGUGACCAGAUCGAGCGCUACAACCAGCGGCUGCGAGACUUCGAGGAGAAGCAGAGGGCGUACCGCCAGCACCAGGAGCGGCCCGCCGACCCCGACCUCGAGCUGCGGAUGGGCGGCGGUUUGGGCGGCCACCACCAGGUGUCGGGGCGGUGCCACGGCGGCGCGGGCGGCGGCCCGCAGCGCGUGGGCGUCGGCGUCGGGCUCUCCCUGCAAGCACGGAAGAAGAGCGACUUAAGCCAUGGUCACCACAACUAGACGACAUUUCCCUAAAGUAACUGCGCUCCUUCACUUUCAUCUCGUACUACACUGUGUAUACCGUAAUCUAUAAUUAAUCUUGUUAAGUGUACAAAUAAACCAAAUAAAUGUUUCAUUAUUGUCA